AUGCUCCACGUUCGGCUAAUCAAUGAAUCGAAGGUCAGGCUUCACGAGAAGAUCUUCGACGCUCUCCGCGAGGAAAUCCAUGCCGCGGUGACAGCGAAUUCUCGAGAUCACAACUUGAAGGUCAACGUUUUCCCCGACACCAGUCCUGAGAAUCGCUUCGUGACUGUCAGAAUGCAGGGUGAAGAUAAAGAGAAGCUCGCAAGUCUGACGGGGACUCUUGAGGCCAUGCUCUCAGGCAGAGUCAUGGAAGUCAGUAGCGACAUCUUCGACACGCUCGCAUGGAACAAAACGGCGGCACGGCAAUUGGAAGAGAUCCAGUCCGUCAAUCAGGUAUACAUCCACAACAACAACAAGACCAGGAAAGAGCUAGUAUUCUUCGGCCCGCCUGCCAAGUAUGAGUCCGUACAGCAGGCUGUCGUUGAUCUCACUGCUGCAAAGGGGAGAUUUGCCUACCAACUGAGCCCGGACGAGUUCGAUUGGCUGCUUUCAGGUGGCUUCAGUGAGAUCGUCUCUGUCCUCGAUGAUAUCGCACAUAUCAACAACGCAUUACCGAGCCCUAAGAGUCUCGUCAUCAAUGGCACGGCGAAGCAAUAUCAACAGGCGAGGACGAUUAUGGAAUCCUUGGGAGGAAACCUUGGCAUGAACGACUUGACACUGAACUCAUCAGUCCARGAUGAUGAUCAAAAUUGCAGCACCUGCUGGACCCCAGCUGAGAACCCCAUCACCUUGGCGUGUGGUCAUGUAUACUGCGCCGAGUGCCUCACAGAUCUCUGCCGCUCCUCCAGCUCCGACAACGCCGAUUUCCUCAUCACAUGCAAAGGUGCAAACGACACUUGCAAGCGAGUAAUGCCUCUCAACGAGCUACAAACUCACCUCCCUUCCCAAAUUUUGGAUGAAAUUCUACGCCUCUCCUUCGAUUCCUAUAUUUUCCCGUCGAGCGGAUAUCUACCACUUUUGUCCCACGCCGGACUGUGGGUACAUUUACACGAAUGGAGAUGGAAAUACCACCACCACAACAACAACAAAUACUAA